AUGCCUGACCGACGACUUAUUGCUAUUGUUGGUGCCGGUAGCAGUGGUAUUACGGCUACCCGACAAGCUCUUGAUUAUGGAUUUGAACCGGUCGCUUUUGAAGUGUCGAAAACCUUCGGUGGUUUAUGGAACUAUAAACCACAAGAGACUGAUGGUCGGUUAGCACUUUUUGGUCAUUUUGUUCUUUUUCGUGGUUCAUUUGAUUCUGAGAAGAAACAAGAAUGA